AUGGAUUCUGAUACUGCGGAUCAGGACGAUGGGGAAAAGUUCGUGGAGGUCGACCCAACCAGACGAUAUGGCCGGUACGAUGAGCUUCUUGGUGCCGGGGCGGUGAAAAGGGUGUACAGAGCAUUUGAUCAAGAAGAAGGCAUUGAGGUGGCUUGGAACCAAGUCAAAUUACGAAAAUUUUCCAAUGAUGAAGCAAUGAUCAACCGGUUAUACUCCGAGGUUCAGUUGUUGAGGAAAUUUAAGGACAAAAAUAUUAUCUCGUUGUACUCUGUGUGGAGAGAUCCAGCGAAAAACACAUUGAAUUUCAUUACUGAGGUUUGUACUUCGGGGGAUUUGAGGGAGUACAGGAAAAAGCACAAACACGUGUCGAUCAAGGCAUUGAAGAAGUGGUCUAAGCAAAUUCUCAAGGGCUUAGACUAUUUGCAUACUCACAAGCCCUGUGUCAUUCACAGAGAUCUCAACUGUAGCAAUGUCUUCAUUAAUGGUAACACCGGUCAGGUGAAAAUUGGUGACCUUGGGUUGGCAACAAUGGUUGGGAAGAGCCACGCAGCACAUUCACUACUCGGAACACCUGAAUUCAUGGCACCAGAGCUAUACGAGGAGAAUUACACAGAGCUGGUUGAUAUCUAUUCAUUUGGGAUGUGCUUGCUUGAGAUGGUGACUCGAGAAUUACCCUACAACGAGUGUGACAAUGUUGCCAAGAUAUACAAAAAGGUUACAUCCGGGGUGAGGCCUCGUGCCUUGGAUAAAGUCAAAGACUCCGAAGUGAAGGCAUUCAUCGAGAUGUGUCUUGCACAGCCUAGGGCUAGACCUUCGGCAUCCGAUCUUCUUAAGGAUCCCUUCUUUGCUGACAUUCAUGAUGAUGACGAUAAUUAA